GAACGUCCCGAGGAUGACGUGCGGCGUUCUCGAAUCCCGUGUCUCGCUCGUUGCCUUCUCGCUCGUUGGUGCUGAAGGAAACGGGGGAAGCCGCGAGAGGAGGAGGCAAGACGAGCCGCCGCCGACGGAGCAGCAGCAGCAGCUGCAGCAGCACGAGCCAGAGCAGGAGCGGCCGGAGGAGAAGGAGGAGGAGGAGGAAGAAGAAGAGGAGGAGGAGGAGGAAGAGGAAGAAGAGGAGCGGCGUCGCCGCUGCCGCUAUGGCGGCCCUGGAGCGGCCCGUGCCCAGUCCCGAGGCGUUCCUGGGCCAGCCCUGGGCCGCCUGGGUCCGGGAGGCCGCCCUUCCGCACGCGCACUGCACCGCCCCCCCGCACAGUGUAGAGUUAGAAGAGACUGGAAAAGAGGGUGGAAAAAGCAGGGAGGUGAUGAGGCUUAAUAAAGAAGAUAUGCACUUAUUUGGCCAUUAUCCAGCUCAUGAUGAUUUCUAUCUAGUAGUGUGCAAUAUCUGCAAUCAGGUAGUCAAGCCACAGGUUUUCCAGUCACACUGCGAACGACGACACAGUUCAAUGUGUAAGCCUUCCCCAUCUCCAGCAUCUCCAUCCUGCAAUUCCCGGGCAUCACUAGUACAGAUGAAACCGAAAUCGUGUAUCGGCGGCCAUAACCCUGUCAGCAACAACUCAAAGCCAUUCAGAACGCCCAAAGACAAUCUACUUACCUCCAAUAGCAAACAGCACAUGGUCUUUUCUUCAAAGGUAUCAAGGGAUAAGCCUUGUGUUCCCGUUCCCGUAGUCAGUUUAGAGAAAAUCCCUAACCUGGUGAAGGCAGAUGGUGCCAAUGUUAAAAUGAACUCUACAACCACUACCACCAUCACAACAUCGUCAUGUUCGUCAUCUGCCAUACCUACUCCAACCUUGGUUAAAUCUGCUUUGACAUCUAAAUCAGUGCCACCAUCACCAGAAAAGAUUCUGAAUGGCAAAGGAGUCCUAGCGCCAUCAAUAGACAAGAAGCACCAGAAUGGCACUAAAAAUAGUAACAAGCCUUACAAGAGACUUUCAGAAAGAGAGUUUGACCCAAAUAAACACUGUGGAGUAUUGGAUCCUGAGACAAAGAAGCCCUGCACAAGAUCACUCACUUGCAAGACUCAUUCACUGAAUCAUCGGCGAGCAGUUCCAGGCCGCAAGAAACAGUUUGACAUUCUUCUAGCAGAACACAAAGCCCGAUCCCGGGAAAAAGAAGUAGCAAAAGAUAAGGAACAUCCACAGUCUGUAAGGGAAACACAUCAGAGCCAACCUGUACCAGCACAAGACCUUCUAUCAGGAGCUUCAGUAAACUCUGGGCAAGAACCCAAAGGAACAUCACCUGCAAAAUCCAGACCGCCCAAUUCAGUAUUUCCUAGACCCUCUUCAAAUAACAUAAAUAGUACAAGUUCUUCAAACCACAGUGGGUAUCCACAGGAACUGCCUUUGCCUUCCAUGAUGGGAGACUUGCCUAGUCGAUUAUCCAGUGAUGAAGGGGAAGUGGAUGGAUCUGAAGAAGCUGAAAAAUUAGACUGCCACUAUUCUGAACACCAUCCAAGACCUCUUGGGUUUUGUUCAUUUGGAAGUCAUCUGAUGGGAAGAGGGUACUAUGUAUUUGAUAGAAGAUGGGAUCGUUUUCGACUUGCGCUAAAUUCUAUGGUAGAAAAGCACUUGAAUUCACAAAUGUGGAAGAAAAUCCCUCCUGCAGUCGAUAGCCCUGUGCCCUCUCCAGCAGCACAUAUCACAACCUCUUUUCCAGCAUCAGUUUUGCAGCCUUUCAGCAAUUCCAGUGCAGUGUAUAUUCCUUCAGUCCCAGUGAGCUCAAGAAUCCCUUCUUCCUACAUAAUGACUUCGGCCAUGGUAUCCAAUGCAACUUUUGUGACGUCUGAUACGAAUUCUAUUACGUCACACACCACUGCUUUCCCCCACGUAACUGCCAGUCUGAGUAUCCUUGACUCAGCAUUUAAGACUCCGUCAACCGUGUCACCAGUGCCAGCAGUCGUUCCUUCCCCGUCCCACAAGCCAUCCAAAACGAAAGCCAGCAAAUCUUCAAAAGUCAAAGAUCUGUCAUGCCGCAGCGACGAAUCUUCAAGAAACAAAAAGAAAAAGCCGCCGUCUUCUUCCUCCACAGUAUCCUUGCAGAAUUCCUCUUCCUUGUCUUCGUUUUCAGGGUCCCAUAAAAAGAACUGUAUCUUGAACCCAAGUUCGAAUUUGAACUCUUAUCAGGCCACAUCUUCUUAUAACAGUAUGUCUGUGCACAGCACAAACAAUGGAACAACCCCACUCAGUGCCAAACUGGAGCCCUCAGGACGGACUUCAUUAUCAAGUAGUUCAACAGACUCAGUGAAACAUAUGAGCAUUGUUGUAAGCAGUAUCGACUCCUCUGGUUUGUCUGUACCUUCCCUUGUUCAUCAUUCUGGGGACCACUCCCUGGCAGCACACAAUGCGGUGUCUUCUCUGCCCCUUUGUUUUGACAAAUCAGAAGGGAAAAAACGUAAAAACUCUAGUUCUAGUAACAAAGCCUGUAAAAUCACUAAAUUGCCUGGUAUGAAUAGUGUUCACAAAAAGAACACCGCCAAUCUUAUUUCUACGGUGCCAGAUAAUCCAAACAGCUCCAUCUCUCGGCAGAUUGGAAAAAAUAGCAGUGUAGCUUUGUCUCAAUCCAGUCCUUCAAGUGCAGCAAAUCCAGUGCACAACAAGCAAAAGACGUUGAACCGGACGGGUAGGAUAAGGACACUUCCAUAAUGAGGGAAAGCAACCAGCCUAUAAUCUUUAGCUCUUAUCAGCCCUACUUCAAAAUGAACAUUUUCUGAGUCCUGCAGAUGGUUUUAAUUAACAUAGAUUUGUGGUUUUAAUUUACAUAGGUAUGUUUUUUAAUUGAAAUCUACAUAAUGUAAAAGUGGUUUAUUUUGGUUUCAAUCAUACAUUGGCUUCUGAUCUGUGCAAUCUGGUUUGAUAUGGAUUAAUGCCUUUUAAGCAAAUCAUUGCAUUGUUUGUUUGUUUCUGUAACAAUGACAGCAAUGGACAUUCCAAACUAAUGCCAUGUAUGGCUAAAAUGUAUCCCCCCCCUUUGUAAUUUCAGAUUGACAGUAACUUUUGUAUUUAUCAUUGUCUAUGGAUAAAAAAAAUUGCCAAGUGCAUUUCUCAGCAGUAUCUACCAGUUGGGGAAGUAUUUUGCACCCACAAGUUUCACUGACUUCUGUCGGUCAUGUCAGUGUGCAGCACCUCCUAUGUGCAACGCCUCCGAUUCAUUAUGGUGUUCCUAAUCCUCUCACUGCCUGGAGGGGUUAAUGCACCCUGCCUCCACUGAUGGAAUCCCUGUGUGAAAAUUUUCUCAUGUGGAGAUGGAGGACUGUGAAGAAUCUGUGCUACUAUUCUCCUUAAUUAAACAAUUUGGUUGGUUGUGGGUUUUUUUGUUCAAAGACAACAUUUGGGCAUACUGAAUUUGCAUCAGUUGAAUUGCACUGACAAUGUUUUACAAGAAUUACUGAAUAAUUUUUUUUAUAAAAGUAGAUUUUGUAAUCAGAAAAUCAAUAUUACUAGGGUACUGCAAAAUUACUACAAAGGAAUUAACUUUUAUUUCUACAGUGUUAAAGUGCACUUAUAUGCUGGUUUAUUUACAUCUUGUAGGAAAAGGAGAAAUAAUGCAAAAAGGGAAAUGGUUUUUCUUUUUUAAAGAAAAAAGGCGGAUUUUAAAACAUAUAAAAUGUUUAAACAAGAAUAGGCCCAUUGUGUGUUGGGGGGAAGGAAUAGAACAUAUUCUUAAAGUAAAUUUUAUAGUGUUAAUUUUGUAAUAAUUUAUGUUUUGGUAUUUUUUUGGAGUUGACAGGAAUAGUUUCAUGAACAAUAUGAAACUUAGGAAAGUUAAAGCAAUGUUUUAUAUUUUUCAUGUACUUUGAGUUACAUUUUAAUUGUACAUUUCUUCAGACUGAAAAAAUGUGUACAUAUCUUUGUUAUUUUUGCACAGUUUUUUGUCUUCAAUUUUAGGAGCAAAGCCUUGUUUGAUGUUUUUUAACUAAUUUAUUUUGCAUUGUACAACUGCAGGAGUUUUAAAAUCUCAGUAACCCCCUCCAAUUGGGGAAUGAUAAUUUCUACUUCCAGAGGAAAAUAGUGGUGGUAAGAUUCAGGGCUGCUUUUGAUAAUUUAUGGCAGUCCCACUUACUGGAGGAGCAAUUCAGUUGUAUUAAGAUUUUUUAAAUUCAACAUGCAUUCUUUGUGUAGAAAGCUGGACUUUGGUGGCUAUGGAGAGUGUUCUUUGAAUGCUACUUAUAUAUGUAUACUUCCCUUUUAACAGGCAGAGGCCUGACAGCAUUUUGGAAAUCAAAUGGAAUAUCCCAUCCUUUUUUUGUCCCCUACAUAAAAAAUCACUAUUUAAUGUAAUCCAUAUUUAAAAUGCUCAGCCUGGAAAGUGAAAUGCAUUUUUAAAAUGGAUAUAAACUGGACCAGCCUACAGUGUAUUUUAGCAUACCAUUCAUUCAACAGGUUUUCUUCUCCUCCUGUUUUUUCCCCUGAAGACUUUGUGAUUUGUUUCCAGCAAUAGAGUCUCAGAAGCUUUGGUUGUUACACAUACGCAAUGCAUAGACCUGUCAGCCAUAUUUAAAAAAUUUUAAAGUGCGCAACUUGGGUAACUUGUAUGCCUUCUUUUGUAUCGAUGUUAACAAUUGUACAUAGUGCUGAUCAACCUUUGUAGAGCAUAGUUUAUACAGCAUAUUCUAUUAUUGCCGAUUCUCAGUGAUCUAUUGUUUAAAAGAAGAAAAAUAAAUUUUUUCUAUUAACACCUUAUAUUUUGUUAUGCUGUUGACCCAUGGCACUUUAACAAAACUCUGUGGGUUUUGCAUAGCUGGUCAGUCAUGGGGAAUAUAAACCGUUGCACAGAAAUAAAUUUGCACCUCCUCUGUUGUGCUUUCCUACUACAGAUUUUAGAAUCUUUUUUCCAAAAGACUUUUGAAGAAAGCAUGUCCAAUCAUUCUGAAAGAAAAAUGCCAUACAUGUACAGUCAACUUUUUUUCUACAAACCCAUAUUUUGUAACACUAAGUAUUUUCAUUCUUCUGCACCUUUUAUGUAUUAGCAGUAUCAGAGAGAACCCAUUCCAUGCUUGUGAUAAUUGUAAGUGUCGAAAGUAGGUGUAAAUAGCAGACUUAAUGGCUUACAGUUUUGAAAAAAGGAAAAAGAACAAACUUGUAUCUGACUGAUACUGCCAUGGUUCAACACCAGGCCUGGAGAUAUUCUCUAGUGAGCGAUUGUAUUUUUUGUUUCUUUGUUUUGGGAGGGGGGGUUGCUUUAUUAUUAUUUUUUGUAACAUGGCUUUGUAAAUAAAAUAAUUUAUAUGUUUGUAAAAAAAAA